GGACACAGCCUAGGUCUAGCUGCAUCACACCUUCUCCACCACAAGAAAAAUAGUGAUCUGCUCAUAGUGAUAUAUGUAUGGUACAGAUUGUGACGAUAGAGGAGAAUCCUUUCCUUCUUACAUGGUACAUCUUGUCACACCUGUUGCCGGGCACAUGUUCUCCCUGUUGCAGCACCUACGUGUAGUUUAGCUGCAUCUCUUCUUCCGGUUCUACGUACCCUUAGGCUGUAAAAAAAUGGCCGGCGGCGACCAGCGCGGGGAUUCGCCGUCGUCGCACGAGCUGAGCGGCCGGCUGGAAGGCAUCCUAGCCGACGGUGAGGCGCCGUGGGCUCGUCGGGCUUGCAAGGCGGCCGCGUUGGAGGUCAGGCUGCUCGCGCCCAUCGCGGCGCCGGCCAUCGUGGUGUACGUGCCCAACAACGUGCUCUCCAUCUCGACGCAGAUCUUCUGCGGCCACCUCGGCAACCUCGAGCUCGCUGCUUCGUCGCUCGGCAACAAUGGUAUCCAGAUCUUCGCCUACGGCCUCAUGCUGGGCAUGGGGAGUGCGGUGGAGACGCUGUGCGGGCAAGCGUAUGGCGUGCACAAGUACGACAUGCUCGGCGUCUACAUGCAACGAUCCACCGUGCUGCUGAUGGCCACCGGCGUCCCGCUCGCCGUCAUCUACGCCUUCUCCCGCCCCAUCCUCGUCCUCCUCGGUGAGUCCCCGGAGAUCGCCAGCGCCGCCGCCGUCUUCGUCUACGGCCUCGUCCCUCAGAUCUUCGCCUACGCCGCCAACUUCCCCAUCCAGAAGUUCCUGCAGGCGCAGAGCAUCGUGGCUCCCAGCGCCUACACCUCCGCGGCCACGCUGGUGCUCCACCUGGUGGUGGGUUGGCUGGUGGUGUACCAGCUCGGCAUGGGCCUCCUGGGCGCGUCGCUCGUGCUCAGCCUCAGCUGGUGGGUCAUCGUCGCCGCGCAGUUCGUGUACAUCGCCGCCAGCAAGCGGUGCCGGCGGACGUGGACGGGGUUCUCCUGGAUGGCCUUCUCCGGCCUCCCCGAGUUCCUGAAGCUGUCCACGGCCUCCGCCGUGAUGCUCUGCCUGGAGACCUGGUACUUCCAGAUCCUCAUCCUUCUCGCCGGCCUCCUCGACGACCCUCAGCUCGCCCUCGACUCCCUCACUGUCUGCAUGACGCUUGCUGGAUGGGUGAUGAUGAUAUCCAUCGGGUUCAACGCUGCAGCGAGUGUUCGUGUGGGGAACGAGCUGGGAGCGGGGCACCCGCGGGCGGCGGCGUUCUCGGUGGUGGUGGUGACGGCGGUGUCGUUCGUGAUAACGGUGGUGAUGGCGGUGGUGUUUCUCAUGUUCCGCGACUACAUCAGCUACAUCUUCACGGAGGGGGAGACCGUUGCACGAGCCGUCUCCGACCUCUGCCCCUUCCUCGCCGCCACUCUCAUUCUCAACGGCAUCCAGCCCGUCCUCUCUGGUGUGGCUGUCGGGUGUGGAUGGCAAAAGAUUGUGGCGUACAUCAAUGUCGGGUGCUACUAUUUUGUGGGUAUUCCUCUCGGUUUUCUCCUCGGCUUCAAAUUCCAUCUCGGAGCAAAGGGGAUAUGGACUGGGAUGCUCGGUGGUACCUGCAUGCAGACGUUGAUAUUGUUCUGGAUCACUUUCAGGACAGACUGGAACAAAGAGUCUGUGUGUGUGCAGGUGGAAGAAGCCAAGAAAAGACUGAAUCAAUGGGAGGACAAGAAGCAACCGCUUCUUGCAGGCACGGUUGACUACUGAUUCGCAUGACAAAUGUUGGUUAUCGGCAUGGCUAGAGAACUCCACUGAUCCUAUCGAGGGAGUUAAUAGGAACAAUGAGACAUAUUGAACAAAGGUAGCCAAGGUGUAUAAUCAGACAACGCCUCCUAACAUACAAAGGGAUCCCAGUUGUCUCAAGUCACACUGGCACAAGACAUCAUGGAAGGUUGCCUUGUUCAAUAGAUGCUAUGUUCAGCUCCGAGAUGCACCCGUGCGUGGUAGAAACGAUGAGCAGUUCAUGCAGGAAGCCUUAGCACUCUACACCAGCCGGACGAAUAGGAAACAUUUAAAAUUUAUGCACUGGUGGAAGGUUGUAUGUGAUUCUCCAAGUGGAAUGUACAUGUGGUAAUGAUGCUAGGAAGUUCAGUCCAAAUCAGAACAUUAAUUCUCCACCAGCAGCCCAACCGAGAUCUAUGGGGGUUAAGAGGGCGAAGAAAGCAAAGGGAGCAUCCCAGAAGUGUGGAGAGCAAUUGUGGAUAUAUGUCAAGACCUAAUUGAGUCAAAGAGGAGGUAGAACCUAGUUGAGUCUAAUGCUUCAAAAAAAGAGGUAGAGGUUAUGAAGGAAUAUCAGCAAAAGCUUAUCAACGUGUUAAAGCGGCUAACCUCACCCUCUUAGCUGCACAAGAGAAGCACGAGUGCAAGCUGAUUGACCAGAAGAGCUAGGUCCAUGGAGAUGUUUACCUAACUCUUGCAAGUGGACACAUCUCAGAUGGAGAAAUGGACAGUGCAUAAGAUUUAUAAGCAUAAUGGAAAUUCUGGAAGGGAACAGUGCACAAGAUUCCUAAGCAGAAUGGAAAUUCUGUUUAUGAACCAGUUUCUCCUUCUUAUGUUAACAUGCUUGCUGAUCACAUUUUGAUGAAUAUAUUUUUUUUUGUCUUUCCAGGUGCCGGCACAUAAUCACUUAUUCGUUUUUUGGUAGGCAUUUUGAAGGAUGAUACCUAUCUAUUUGUUGGUGCAACAAUAGCUAAUAUAUAUAAUAUGGGCGGAUUUUUUUGUUGGGAAAGGGGCUGCAGUUGCAGGAUCAGGAUAGUUACUUUUUUUUCAUACAUGUGCAUAUUGGCUAGUGACUAGUUUAGAUGGAAAACAUGUUGUUUGUGGUUGAUGGGGAAACUUUUGGUCAUUACCCUACAGGGAAGGCAUAGCUAGAAUAGAUGAUGUUGAUGUGUUGUUAAUAGUCAGUUGCAAUUUAGAUAUUGCCCAAUGUGAUAUACAUCGGCGUGUCGUUGGCACAC